CAAUUGCAGUAAUUUUACAGAAAGUAAUGGAAAGGUUUACGAUGUACAGAUACAUGCUGUUUGUUUGGACGUUAUUGUUCGGAAAAUCCAUUAUCGUUGCUAACGGUGAAAAUGAUUUGAAAAUUAAACAAUGUUGUCAAAAUGGAGGAACGUGCAUUCUUGGAAGUUUUUGUGUCUGUCUUCAACACUUCCAUGGACGAUAUUGUGAGUACCAGCUAUUAAAGAGGAGCUGUGGUCCAUUAAAACACGGCACUUGGUUACGCUAUAAAUGCGAUCUUUGUUGGUGUUUCGACGGAAGAUUUCGCUGUCUACAACAUGUGUUCAGAGGCUGUGGUAUCCCCUGGUCUAAAUCUCACCUACCUCUUACCUACGAUUCACUCGAUCCCAGAGAAGACAUUCAGAUUUAUCCACUCACGCCCUCCGACCAAGUCCAUGUCACGGCAACCAACACUUCUUCCAGAUUUUCUAUGGCCACCCUCGUCACAUUGACUGCAACGGUCCUCCUCCGUGUUAUCUAUGAUCUAAGUUGAUACAAAACAACCCAAAGGAAAUUCCGUGUGGUCUCUGUCCACUGGAAAUAUCAACAAAAGCAUCCUCAAAUCUAUAUACUCGUUCUUCAUUUCAGCUUUGUUAUCUUUCUUAUUUUUCUAGAAAUCUUUCGUCACGCAUCCUGUAACCUCUUCAGCAACUCUCAAUUUCACGUGGCUUCUGUUUUGUUUAAUACAUUCUGAGAAUGGAUUUCCAGACAAAGGACACUAACAUUAUUUAUAUUAUUUACAUUUGACGGACAUUUGU